UGCACACAUCUCUAUCGCCCGGCCUUCCACAUCUGCCCAAUGAAUCAGGAGCGGAUGCGAUGUAUCCUUUUUCAGUGGAGUGAAUGGCCAAUGGGAGUUGGCUUGUCGAGCAAACACUAAGCCCUGCGUCCCCAUUCAUUCAGUGCUGAACAGGCCCGCAGAGCUGGAGAGAGCGCACCGCUGUCUGCGAGCCGACGACGCUUUUUUUUUUUUUUUUUUUGCACAAGAGCGCAGAUUCCCCGCAACAAUAAGUAACAGCCAGAACUCAGACUCGACUCUCAGCAGAUAGGAGAAGCAGAGAGGGGAAACUCUUGGAUAUAAGCUCGCUCGUGUUUUUUAAUUUUUUUUUUCCUCCGAGACAUUUAUUUUUUAUUUCACAAUUUCUCCGGGAACUUCUCGAACUGGGUCGUCUUUGCCUAAAGAUCGGCCUCCAAGUGCGCAGCAGUUCUCCGGGUGACUUCCCUCCCUCCCUGCCUGCCUCAGCAGAGCUCCACCGUGGAUUUACUUCGCUCUAUCUUGGGACAAAUGCAUGCGUAACGCUCGCUGAACUUCUUUACAACUAACCGAGAAAAGGGAAUAACGCAAAAAGGGAUACACUCGCACUUGGAUUAAGGGACUGAAUGUUAUGCAUUAGAGCCCGUAAUCUCCGUUUGGACAUUGCCCCUUUCCUUUUGGAUGGAGUUUUGGUAGACUGUUUGGUUGAUGGAUUCGACGUUAUGGAUGCUUGCAUAUAGGUUUUCCGAUGCAUGUCCACGGUGAAUGUCGGAAGUGGUGAUCCCCCCAGAUGGAGCUCCAAAGUCAACAUGGCCCCGGCGGUUCAUUAGUGGUGAUCCAGCAGCCUUCCCUAGAGAGCCGGCAGAGGUCGGAUUACGAGCGGGAGUUCCAGCAUGCCGCCAUUCUCUCCCUGGACCAAAUCAAGGCCAUCCGCUCCAGCAACGAGUACACCGAGGGGCCCUCAGUGGUACGGAGGCCUCCUGCGCCCCGCAUGCCCCCCAGGCCCCAGGACAAGCAGGAGAGAACUCACGAGGUCAUCCUCGUCAAUGUGAACAACAAUUAUGAGCACCGGCCGUCAGGUCACCACCAUCACGUUGGGGGCGGCGUGGUGGUUGUGGCACCGCAGUACGGCGGGUCCCGGGCCCCGGGGCUCAGCCGCUCCACCAGCACAGGAAGUGCCGCCAGUUCAGGGAGCAACAGCAGCGCCUCCUCUGAGCAGGGACUCUUGGCACGCUCACCCCCCACCAGGCCCGGCAUGAGCUUACAGCACCACCACCGAGCGGACCGGCCUGUUCGGACUCAGCCCAAGCCCAAGGCCCUUUUACAGCCUCAGCAGGGACCUCACUUCCACCAGCCUCCACUAGAGGUUCCACUCAAGCCCCAGGGCAAAGGGAAAUCGGACUUUUCUGGCUCUGGCAACGGGGUGGUGGCUGCUGCUGGGCACCAGUUCAUCUGUGAGCGCUGUGGGAAGUGCAAGUGCAGUGACUGCACGGCUCCCCGGAGCCUGCCUUCAUGUCUGGCAUGCAACGGCCAGUGCCUGUGCUCUGCUGAGAGUGCGCUGGAGCACGGCACAUGUAUGUGCCUGGUUAAGGGCAUCUUCUACCACUGCUCCAAUGACGAUGAGGGGGAUUCAUGCGCUGACCACCCCUGCUCACUGUCACGUUCCCACUGCUGCUCUCGUUUCCUGUGCAUGGGAUUAAUGUCGGUACUCUUCCCCUGUCUGCUAUGCUACCCACCUGUCAAGGGGUGUCUGAAGGCGUGCCAGGGCUGCUACGACCGGGUCAACAGGCCUGGCUGUCGCUGCAAGAACUCCAACACUGUCUAUUGUAAACUGGAGAGCUGGGCCCCACAGACCCAGGAGAAACCUUCCUGAUCGCUCCCUGUGUGUUUGUGAUUGCGCAGGAGACUCUAGAUGUGGAUCUUAUGAUGACAAUGAUAAUGAUGAUGAUAGUCACAAAUUAAUGUUUAUCAAACAUUCUAAGCACCUCCCACCCACCUCCCCUCCUCGCUGCGGAACCCUAAGGAGCUAAGCAAAGGAGUAAUGAAAACCACUCAAUUAUUUUUAUUUUUGUUUUCUCUGGAUCAGGACCAUGUUUUUACAGACCAGUGUUUGCCUUAACUGUUUCUAUGUCUAUCCUCAGCUCCUCAUUAACACUAUUUUUUUAUAUAUAUGAAAAAAAAAAAGUUUUUCUUCCGUUUUAGGUAGGCAGCGUCCUCUGGGUCUGUGUGCCCGGUGGGUGCUGCCUCUCACCAAAUCUGUGAAGGACGAUCUACUAUAGGGCAAUUAUGUAGCUGUUACCUGGUAUUCAUAGCAAGCAGGUAUGUUUGAAUUUAUUGGUUGCUACCACACUAAAACCGUGGUUCCUAUGCUCAUGUUGCAUUAACGAAAGCACAUCCAUCUCAUAGUAUUCUCCACUUGGAUAUGUUUCUCUCUUUCCACCCAUCUGAACUUUUCAUACACAUUCUGUGGCAUUCUCCCAUGUUUUGUUUUGUUUUGUUUUUUUUUCUUUAUUUUGUGUAAAUUGUAUGCUCAAAAUCCAUAAGAGGAAUUCUGGCUAUUUUUUAAAAGAAAAAAAUGUCUGUUAAACAUUUUUUUUUGUUGUAAAAAAUAUUUAUUAUGUGAAGCUCUAUUAUUUUAUGAUAUUUAUUGCAAGAGACAGUCUUAAAUUUACUCAUGUCUGAAUAUAACAAAAUAUCAAAUACUUACUGAAAAAUUAAAGGGUGGCACAAAAGAAAACUAUGUUAACUUUAAUGCAGAAAAUAUAUUAAUUAAUGAAAAAUA